AGAACAACAGUCCAUUGGGAAUUCCAAUCUUUAACUCCUCUGGCCCCGCCUACCACACCUGGAAGGUGGUGGAGCUUGCUGUGUCUACGUCAUGGCCUAAUUACUACCAGCUGGUGUUUGAGGCGGUCAGCACUGGUCAGAGGGGAGUGAUGGCCAUCAAAGACAUCAUACUGGAGGGACACCAGUGUAUGAACACGCCGCACUUCCUGCACAUUAAAGGCGUGGAAGUGAACGCGGGACAGACGGCGACGUUUCACUGCACAGUCAACGGACAGCCACGCAGCAACCUGCUGCUCUACCUGCAGGGGAUGGGCGGUCGGGAGGCCAUGGUAAAGGAAACUAAAGCGGUGAAUCCUCGGCGUUAUGUGGCGAGCUUCGACGUGAGCAACACGACUAAAGGUGACUCUGGACGCUACCGCUGCAUUGCUCAAUCAGAAAGAGGUGUGGAGUACAGGACAAUGUCGGGCAUGUUGAUUGACACCACACCUGUGGCUAACCCCACCCAUAAAAUCAGUCACCUGGAUCCCGACACAGAGUAUGAGAUCAGUGUUCUGCUCACCCGGCCCUUGGAGGGAGGGACAGGAAGCCCCGGGCCGCCGCUCAGAGCCAGGACCAAGUGUGCAGACCCGAUGCAUGGCCCGCAGCGGCUACAGGUCAUCGACGUUCAGUCCAAACAGGUGACAAUCCGAUGGGAACCGUUUGGAUACAACAUGACUCGCUGCUACAGCUACAACCUGACGCUGCAGUACCUCUACAGGUCUGUAGGGGGCCACAAGGAGGUGGUAUACGACACUCUGAGCAUGGUGCCGCAGCACACCGUACGUAACCUUCCGCCAUUCACCAACGUCAGCCUGAAACUUGUCCUGAGCAACCCGGAGGGUCGCAUGGAGAGCUCAGAGCUGCUGGUGCUGACGGACGAGGACGUUCCCGGCGCCAUCCCCAUGGACACGGUUCUCGGCAGCAGCUACGAACAGCAGAUCAGUCUGAGCUGGAAGGAGCCGCUCCAGACCUACGGCCUGAUCCGGCAGUAUGAGAUCUCCUACAAAGCUCUGAGCUCCUUCGACACAGAGUUCGACCUGUCCAAUCAGAGCGGCAAGGUGUUCAAACCAGCUAAUGAGACGAACCACAUGUUCACAGGCCUCUACCCAGGCUCCACCUACUCCUUCACAAUAAGAGCCUCCACUGUUAAAGGAUUUGGCUCCCCGGUCAUCACACAGUUUACCACCAAAAUCUCAGCUCCUCUGAUGCCAGCCUACGAUCAGGAGCCUCCUCUGAACCAGACAGACUCCACCGUCACAGUUCUGCUGAAACCGGCUCAGAGCCGCGGAGCCCCUGUCAGUAAGUACCAGGUGGUAGUGGAGGAGGAGCGCCCCCGCAGGCAGAGGAGGGGUACUGCAGAGAUCCUGCGCUGUUAUCCAGUUCCCGUUCACGUACAGAACGCCUCGCAGCUCAACUCGCAGUAUUACUUCAGCGCUGAGCUGCUGAUGAACGAGCUGAGGGCGGCCAUGCCCUUCUGUGUUGGAGACAACAGAACCUACAACGGUUACCGGAACGCUCCACUUCUGCCUCACAAGAGUUAUGGGAUCUACUAUCAGGCCGUGAGCUCUGCUAACGGGGAGACAAAGAUCGACUGUGUUCGAGUGGCCACUAAAGCCCCCCUGGAGCCAAGCCUGGCGGAAGCUCUCAGAGUAAAAGUGUCCAGGUUGGACCAGCGUCCUGUUCCUCCAUGGAAGCACGACCAGACGGCGGCCGCAGUGAUCAACAAUGUCGCUCUGCUGGCCUACAGCAUCUCAAAGAGGCUGGAGGAAACAGACCUGCCUGAAGAGACAAAGAGCUCACUCUGUAAGGCAUCUGACGUCAUCCUCAACCUGUCCACCUGGCUUCGACACUCCCCCUCCUUGCCUGAGAAACUGCAGAAGGACCUGCUGGAGGGCCCCAUCGUGACAGAUGCGCUGUUCGGAACCAAUUUCAAGGCCGUGCUGGAAAAAUCUAAGAAGUUGGAGGAGGUGUCGGAGACUGUGUGCUACCUGACACCUGAUGAAGCCGCACUCGCUCGGAGUACGUCUCUGCAGCACAUGACGGCGGUGGAGGCCUUGACUUGGCUGGCGUCCGUAAAAGACAUGACAAAACACAAAAACGUGUGCCCGCUCCCAGAGCGUUAG